AUGAUAAAUGCAGUGCUGGUCUUCAACAAUGCCGGGCAGCCUCGGUUGACGAAGUUCUACACGCAGCUGGAAACGAGCGUCCAGCAGCGACUAAUAUCAGAGAUAUUCACCCUCGUCGCAAACCGCCCAAAUUCAGCAUGUAACUUCCUUCCCCUACCACCUCUCCUCGCAAACAGCAGCAAAUCCUCCACCCCCACCACCCCACACAACGACACGCCCUCUCUCGUAACCUACCGCCACUACGCAACCCUCUACUUCAUCAUCAUAUCCACCUCGACCGAGUCGCCCCUCGCACUCCUCGACCUCAUACAAGUCUUCGUCCAAGCCCUCGAUGGCCUCUUCGAAAAUGUUUGCGAGCUCGAUCUCAUCUUUAAUUUUGAGACGUUGCAUGCGGCGCUCGCGGAGAUGAUCGUGGGGGGUGUGGUGGUGGAGACGCAGUUGGAUAAGGUGAUUGAGGGGGUGAGGAGUCAGGGACAGUGGCGAAGAGGCCGGUAA